AUGGGACAAUCCUCCCAGUCAGCACUGACUAUGCGACAGCGCAUGUAUCACUUCGUUACCGGUCUACAAAUUGCCUGUAGUUUCGUAUCAUUAUUGAUAUUGUGCAUUGCUCUACCUGUUAUGUAUAAUAAUGUUCAAACAACGAUUGAUUAUGUCGAUAAUGGAAUACAAUUCUGUGAGCAUUCAAACGAAGAAGCGCUGUUGCAAGUAGAACGAGGGAAAUCUUAUAUUACUUCAAACAGGACAAAGCGUCAAACUUAUGAUCAGAGCGAUGACUUUCAGACCUUAAAUCCAUUCCACAGAAAUUCCAUGUUGGAUGAAGUAACCGGCACACCGAUCGAAACAGAAUGUCCAGGUUGCUGUAUUCCAGGUCCGCCAGGACCGCGUGGUGCAGGGGGCGCACCUGGCAGGCCCGGAUCUCCAGGACCAGCAGGUAAACCUGGCAUUCCUGGAGCAACUCCAAACCAAACAUGCCCAAUACAGACAAAUCGACCGCCUCCGCCAUGUCGUCCGUGCCCAAAAGGUCCUCCGGGUAUCAAGGGAUGGCCUGGAUUUCCUGGAGAUCCGGGUCCAGUUGGUGAACCUGGAGCAAAGGGUAAAGAUGGCGAAGACGGUGAACCGGGUGAACCAGGGCCGCAAGGUCCGCCAGGUUUUCAAGGAGGACCUGGUGUGCCAGGUGAUAAAGGCCCAACACCAGAAGCUGAACUUAGAGAAGGCCCACCUGGGGAUCCGGGACCAAUUGGACCCAUUGGUCCUCCUGGUCUGCCAGGACUACCUGGUCGAAAUGGGAUGACAGGGCCACAAGGAGAACGCGGAUGGCCAGGUCUGCCAGGUGAGCCAGGUGAACCCGGAUACCCUGGUCCAGAAGGUCCAUCAGGUGAACAAGGACCUCCAGGAGAACCGGGAAUCUGCGUUUGUCAGAAUGUUGACUCGAUUAUCCUCGUGAAUCCAUCUGCUUCUCAACCUCGGAUAGCGGAACGUGUACAAGUAAACUAA